UACCAUCCACGUGUCAGUAUCGGGUUACCUGGAAUCGCCGGUAGCCAGCCAGCCAAACUCCAACAAGUAUAAUUAAUUUCCAUGGCUUCUCUGGGCGCUCUGAUCAUUUUCUUUCUCUUUACGAACAGCUUCUGAUUCUCUCCGUUUCUAAGAUCACAGACUUCCAGUUUAGCAGGAGUUUGACAAGGGUAGGGUUUUUAUUUUCGAGAGAAGUGUUUGUGUUAGCGAAAUUUAUUUAUGAUUUGGAAGAGUGAAUAUGGCAGCGGGUAUGGAUUUUUCUCCUCCAUUUACAGUAAUUGAAGGUGGUUAUGGUAAGGAUAAUUUAUCAGGCAUGGAAGAUGAUAAGAACUCAGAAAAUUUGGAUAAUCUCAAACAGAUUACAAACGGGAAACCUCCUCGGCAUGUUUCAGUUUUGCGGCAUUGUGUGGGCACCACAAGGCUGCUGGCUGCUACUGAUUUGGCAAUGGAUGUUGGGAUUGUUGUCAAUAAACCAUCUUCUGAUGAAAAAUCGAAAUUUUUACCUGUGUUCCGAUCUGGAAGCUGUGCUGAGAUAGGACCGAAACAGUAUAUGGAGGAUGAGCACAUAUGUAUAGAUAAUCUUAUUGAGCAUCUUGGUACAACCACAGGAUUCCCUUCACCAGGAGCUUUCUAUGGCGUGUUUGAUGGCCAUGGAGGUACUGAUGCGGCAUCCUUUGUUAGGAAAAACAUCCUUAAAUUCAUUAUUGAGGACUCCCAGUUCCCAAUUUGUGUGGAGACGGCACUUAAGAGUGCUUUUUUGCAGGCUGAUUAUGCAUUUGCAGAUUCCAGUUCCCUUGAUAUUUCGUCAGGCACCACUGCUCUAACUGCUCUUGUUUUUGGGAGGACCUUGAUAAUUGCCAAUGCUGGGGACUGCCGAGCUGUUCUGGGGAGGCGAGGCAGGGCAAUUGAGAUGUCAAAAGAUCACAAACCAAACUGCACAUCAGAAAGGCUGAGAAUUGAGAAACUUGGUGGCGCCGUUUAUGAUGGCUACCUUAAUGGACAGUUAUCGGUCGCACGUGCUAUUGGAGACUGGCACAUGAAGAGCCCUAAAGGUUCUGCCUGCCCUCUAAGUGCAGAGCCAGAAUUGCAGGAGACACUUUUGACAGAGGAGGAUGAGUUUCUGAUACUGGGUUGUGAUGGCUUGUGGGAUGUUAUGAGCAGUCAGUGUGCAGUGACAGUUGUCAGGAAAGAACUGAUGCUACAUAAUGAUCCUGAAAGAUGUUCAAGGGAGCUCGUCCGGGAGGCUCUCGUGCGCAACACUUGUGAUAAUUUAACAGUGAUCGUGGUCUGUUUCUCCACCGAUCCUCCACCAAAGAUAGAGAUACCGGCUUGCCAUGUUCGAAGGAGCAUAUCGGCAGAAGGGCUGAAUUUACUCAAGGGAGUGCUGGACAACAACUGAGAAGAUGUCACAUUGGAAUUUCCUGUGGUGGUUGAGGGGCUUUGAUUUUUACGUCAAGUCAUUGUCGCUAUUGUUGCUUGCUGCAACCACCGUCCCCCGCUGCCCCUGCCACGGCUGAGGUGCAGCCUCGUUCAAGUAAACAAGCGUUCCUGUAGAAUGUGAUUCUUUGUGUAUCCAUUAUUCAACUAUCUAGUUGUUUGUACUCAUACUUUCUCGUCCUCAUUUUCUCCAUUGUAAAUAAUAUUAGAAUCAGGUUAUUCUCUGUUA